UCAUCGUCUAUAUAAACACAAGGGGUGCGCAAGACACAUACUGCACACUCAUGUGACCUGCAAGAUCACGCAGCUUGGCUAAAAACCAUGGCGAUGGCGGCGCUGGUGGUGGUGCUCUCUCUCCUGUUCCUGCCGACCGGGGAGGCGCAGGAGAGGCGCCCGGUGGAAGCGCACCCACACGGGCUGCCGUUCGAGAGCCCGCUGGCACUGUCCCCGGCGGCGUACGACUUCUUCCACCCCAGUGAGCACGCCCAGCGCGUGGCCGGCGCCCCCGAGCUCGCGCCGCGCGGGCAGCCAAGGGGGUCGGUGGUCCGGGGCGCCGGCGCGUCCGCGGCGAGCGUGGCGAGGGCCGACCACGAGGAAGGGGGCGUGGCGCCCGUCAACGCGGCUCGACGAGGUGGAGCUGUCCGUGCGGGCCUGGUGGCCGGCGUGUUCGUCGGUGCCGCAAUGGUGGUCUUGGCGGCUCUCGGGCUAGCGUACGCGGUGGCGCGGCGCCGCGUGGGCGUCGCGCAAGGUGACGCUGAGGCGGCUAGCGCGCCGAAGUCAAAUGCUUAAUGGGCUGGAUUAGGGGAUAAUGUAGUACUGUAGUAGUUUUGCGUGGGCCUAGAGAGUUAGGCCGGGCUGGUAGUGUGUAAAUUAUCAAUGUUUCAUCAUCGAGCGACGGGGAAACUGGUUAGCAUGCUCGCGCUUCCACUGUCUGAGCUCUCAAGCCUAGGAGGAAACGCAUUUCCUUGCCCGAUCGUGCUGUGAACAAUCAUCACGUAAUAUAAACCUCAGAGAACGCUUUUGUUCGA